UCCCGUGAUAUUAAAUCUCGCCAAGGCAAAAUAGAAUCAAAACAAAAUAUCUUAUUCAUAUUGCAGUAGUGGUGAAGUUUACCGCAAACAAGUUUGAUGAUCAUUCAGCAAAAGUCUGGUAUUUCCAGAGUCGUGGGAACUCGGCACAUUGAUAUCUUACAAUCACUUGACAGAUUAUCUUGAGCAGUUAGUACGAUACUUUUUAUGGGAUAGGUCGAUUUUUGUAGAAGUUAUGCGCAAAUAUGAAUUCGAAUGGAGUUUCUUUGGAUUCAUUAGAAUUCUUGUACCGGUGCUCGUUUACCUUAUGUGUUUCGUGACCAUCUUCAAAGUUUGCUUAAAAUUGUGCAAACGACGCAGAAAUGAGGGGCCACCCUUACAACGCGUUGCCUCGGUUCCAUCGCACAUCAAUCUUGCACAACCAAUUUCGGCAAGGUCAACCCAUGUGGUCAUUCCAAUCGAUUUCAUAUCGGAAAUAGUCCCCUCAAGUGUCGAAGGAGUUAGGCAGCAGCAGCAGCAGCCUGCUGCGACCGAUUUAGAAUCACAGAAUCCACCAAGCUACGAGGAGGUGACUAGCGAAAGUUACAGCCAGAAAUUACCUGCUUACUCUGAAUUGAGUCGGUAGCAAAUUGGGCUGUUUUACUCAAAUCAUCUUCAUUUUCUAAAGUUUAUCUGUUUUCUGUUAACACCACAAAUCACGUGGACACUUUAAUUCAUCUUAAUCGAGCCACCUGAAAUAAUAAUAAUAAUAAUAAUAAUGUAAGCAGAGCAGAUGUUAAAAUGUAUGUUACGAAUUAUAGAAUUUUAUGAAG